AUGUCUGCCGUUGCUACUGGUUCGUCUAGCGAGGUUGCGGAACCUUCCAAGCCAAAAGAAGCCAAGAGAGCACUGUCUCAUCCGGCGUACUCCACCAUGAUCCGCAAGGCGGUGUCCGAGUUGGAGGAGAAGUCUGGAUCAUCGAAGGCUGCUAUUCUGAAGUUCAUGUUGUCGCACUACAAGCUUGGAGACAAUAUCGCUAAGAUCAACUCCCACCUCCGCGUUGCACUUAAGAAGGCUGUCGUGAAAGGUGAAUUGAAGCAGGUUAAGGGAAACGGAGCAUCUGGAAGCUUCAGGCUUGGUAAGAAGAAGUCCGUGUCGGCGGCUAAGAAACCUGCUGCGUCCUCAUUAGGAUUCUUGCGGUGCGGCAAGGACUUGUUGACCGCCUAG